UAAGCCAACUCUACAAGACCUUUCUCAACGCCAAACACCGUCACCGAUGUCGCCUUGCCGUUUGUGAUGAUGUUGCUGAGGGCAGCCGUGAUUCGGGAACUAUAAAACGCGUGCAUUUUCGGGGACUGUACGAGUACAGAGUGAGCCUACAGGGUGGUGAGUGGUGGUGUGCCAAUUGAUCGCUUCCGGAGUCCGGCCAGAAAGGGGGCCAGAAAGUUGAGAGAAAAUGUUAUGGCUUCGGCUGCUGACAAUGAUGGUCUGGGCGCUGCUGAUGGUGGCUGCCCGGGAAUCCUGGCAGAAACCGGGCUGCCAUAAAGUGGGACAUACGCGAAAGAUAAGCAUCCCAGAUUGUGUCGAGUUCACGAUCACCACCAACGCUUGCCGAGGAUUUUGUGAAUCGUUCGCUGUCCCAUCGGAACCGUUUGCCAUCCUUGGCCACAAGCCGCCGCAGCCCGUCACUUCCGUCGGGCAGUGCUGUAACAUCAUGGAGAGUGAGGACGUGCAUGUGCGCGUCCUGUGCAUCAAUGGUAUCCGAAAUCUCACCUUCAAGUCCGCCACCAACUGUUCCUGUUAUCACUGUAAAAAGGAUUAACCGUCGCUGGGUGUGCAGCGCGUGAUGGCAAGGGCGCAUGGCCAUCCGGAAUGGUUUGGGGUGGAAGGGAAGGGAUAGUAGACGGACGGACGGACGGACGGACGGUCAUCCACCGAUUAUUAGCCGAUCAAUUUAUUUACCUCUGAGCCACUUUGUUUGGAGCCAUGCGAUGGUUCGUGUUCGUGUAAUCUACGGAAACAAAUACUAAACAUUUGUACAAACAACAAACUAUACUCUGCAUCAAAU